UGUUGAGAAGGCCUCAGUGUAUAUCAUCAUUACACUCAUUUCGCCACUUCAUCUACCCAAAAUGGCCAAGCCAGUGUCCAUCGGCCAACCAGAGACGAACGGUCAAGCUCUUCAUCCCGUCAACACAGGGAUAGCAGAACUUGAAGAGUUUGCCAGAAUUCUCAGUCAUCUUUCCGGGGAUAAAGGCUUUCAACGAAUCAAAAGCCUCGUCUCUGAGAUGGACGAUCUGAGAGCGCGGAACAAGGAGCUUGAAAGAGCGAUGGAGAAGAGCAACAUUGCGAAAUUGAGCAAUCUUGCAGCAAUUCAGAAGGUGAUGAACGAUCAGGAAGAGCUGAACAAACUGUGCAGCCAGAGAGAUGCAGACCUGAGAAGAUCCCAAAGUCAGGAACAGGAGGCUGAGAGCAAGCUGCGGCUGGCGGUGGAGGAAGUCACAGCACUGAGAAAAGACUUGGAGAGAGCCACUGGGGAAGCUCAAAAGGCCAUUGCCGAUGGGAAGGAGAAGCAAGCGAAUAUCUCAGGCCUACAAGGGAGCAUCGCGAAAUUGAAGGAGACUGUAAAGCAGGCGGAAAAGGACCGGCAGGCUGCCCAAUUGGAACGGGUACAAGCUAAGGAGCAGCAUGAUGCUGUGAAUCGAGAGCUGCAAGCCUUGACAGAGAGGACUUUUCCUCUACAAAUCACGAGCGAAUCGGCUCUGAAUGAACACAAGAGGCAGCUCAGAGGUCUGUUCGAAGAUGCUUUCCGUCUGGUUUCUCGCUUCUUCGGCGAGCUGCAGCUCGAGUCGCUCGACGGGUUUGAGGGUAAAUGGCAGAAUUUCACCCAAUCUCAUGCGCUCGCUGCUAUUCCCUUACCGUGCAGUAAUUCGGAAUCGGCGAGACAGGUGCGAGUGGCGGCUAUCCUUCGCCUUCUUUCCAAGGUGGCGUGCGAUUACAUCUUCCAGCCAGUAUAUCUCACAGAGGACGGCAUGGAGGUAGCACAGAUCAUCGAUCGACUCGAAUUGCUGGAGGCAGAAUGGGUGCGCAGUAUCUUUUUGAACAUUGACAGGGAGGACCAGGAAGGUUAUAGGAUGAAACGAGCAGACAUUGCUCGCAGAAAAAUCGUCUCACUGGUCGGAUUCCUUGUGACUCCAGCAGCCGAAACCCAGGAUUUGGAUCACGAGCUGCGCCAGUGGUUUCAAAAGGCGUCCAAGCUGUGGAUGACCCUUCAGGUUCUGAAACCCAGGAUCGAGGCCGAAUUUGAGGUUCGGGGCAAUGUUCCAGGAUUGGUGGGCUGGAGAGCGUUUCCCACGCCAUCGCCCAAAGACAGGAACUCUACUACCGCAAGCGCACAGAAUGGAGUCAAGUCGAAGCCAGACGAUAAGGCUCCGCUGGCCUUGAAAGACAUCGCUACGGUUAUCUGUCCGCGGUUCCUGGUAACAAUGGAUGAUGAGCGUCCAUCGGAUCUUCUCAUGACCGGCUUUGUACUUCUCAAAGCUCAAACUCUGACAGCCAGCCAGGAAUUGGAGGCAGCCACUCUUCGCAGGGGCAGUGGCAGUCACCGCUCAACACAAGGGAAGCAACGUGUCGUACGUACGGUCCUGGGUGGAGCAAAUGAAAGCACGGAUAGGCUUCCUUUUUUAUAUUAA